AUGAAGCAGAACCGAUUCGAUCUGGCUCCUAUGAUCACCACCGACACGAAACUUACCACGCAGGCAGGAAUUGCCAAAGUUAUCAAGCACGCUUCACUCUCCAGAAGAGACAUUGCUCAAGGAAUGUUGGAGAUCCUUUGUAACGCUGUCAUAAAGUCUGGCACCGAUGUAGUCAAAAGAUGCACGAUUUAUCGCACACCAGUGCUAUUGGAGACCAGGGCUAUUUGGAAGUCAAAUAGCACCAACUUUGCGAUGCACCUAUGCGCUGGAAUAUCACACCAGUGCUAUUACAGGACCAGCAAUCUUGAGUUCAGCAUUGCACUCAGCACCCCAUCCUCCGACACCCUGUCUGACAUGGGUGAUGAUCACUACCCUAUCCUCACUCCAAUGGAGGCAGACGAGGCCCUCUCACAGUUCCCCGCAGGCCAGGAAGAGCCAGAGUCUGAAGUCUACAACAGAGGCCGCCGCAAUUCCUUUGACCGGCGUCAGGAAGAGUGGGACUACACUCAGAGAAUGUCGAAGGAGGGUGAGGACCAGGACAAUAAGCCCAGUGCCGUGCCUUGCAAACCAGGCCCUGACGAUACCAUUGCCAUCACUUUGCCUUUGAAGAGGAAGCUGAUUCCUGAGAAUCUUGCGCCAAGAUUUUGA